AUGCACGCUCGAGCUGCCCGUUCUCUCGCGCCCGUUCUCUCUUCCGCGUGUAGGCGACCGCUUGUUCCUCGAACGCUAUGCAGUGUGCGCGGCCAAGCAACAGUGGUCAGCUCUGGCGCAGCAGCGACCGCAACGAACCGUGCUGAGGCGACAUUGAAACGCUUCUGGAAAACAGUCAAUAUCGACGGACGAGAAGAUGUGUAUGCCGUUAUGCUGGAUAAGCGACCACUGCGGACACCGGGAGGGAAGCAUCUGCAGCUACCGCGCAACAAACGGCUUGCGGCCACUCUCAUUGCAAUGGAGUGGGAAAAUCAGGAGAUCGUGUUGAAGCCGCAUGCGUUACCUAUGACGUCAAUCGCAUCAAGAGCAAUCGAUGCUUUCUCAGAUGAACAGACUCGCAGCGAAGUCCGUGCACAGCUGUUAAAGUAUUUCGAGACGGAUACAAUAUGCUUCCACCAGAAUGAGCCCACUUCGCUCGUCAAUCUGCAAGAAAUGCACUGGAAGCCUUUGCUAGAAUGGACACAAAGCACCUUCAAUGUCGAUAUCAGCACGUCCGACUCCUUUCUUCUCAGUCCACAUCCACAAGAAACGGUCAAGAAGCUCAACGAGAUCAUGUUCAACUUCGACCAUUGGCAGAUGGCCGCAAUGGAACGUGCGACAUACACGUCCAAAUCCUUCCUCAUCGCUCUCGCGCUCGUAAUGAAGCGGAUAACUGUCGAGCAGGCCGCUCAGGCUGCACAUGUCGAGGUAAACAGUCAGAUCGAGAAAUGGGGCGAAGUUGAAGAUUCUCAUGACGUUGACUAUCACGACAUUCGGAGACAACUCGGCAGCGCUGCAUGCUUGAUUUCCAACCUAUAG